GCAGUCAAGUGGCAUCUCCACUACGGUCUCUUCGCGACAAUCAGGUGAUCGUCAAAGGGUUCUUUCGAUCCAGCACACAAAAUCUCCGUUCCAGAUUGUAGCGAAAUAGCAAGCUGACCCACCGGAACCUACUUCGCUUUCCGGCAGCUACUGUUCGCGGGCUUCUGUCGUAGUAUUUUGGCCUUGUGACAUUCUUCAUUUGCAACAAGGAGGCCCAUCCAGGACACAGAUGAAAAAUAUUAGCAAAGUACAAAACUCUCUUUAAAUCAGCGCUGGCCAGCCGGAACAUCUUCUCCAAGCAGCCUCAAAAUGCAUUGCACAUCGCUUGAGAUAGCCGGGAUAUCUGGCAACGCCAGCGAUUGGAUGAAUGUCAACAGGACGUCGCUGCGCUUAGAUGAUCUCGACGGUGGCUUAACAAUGGACCCUGUGGAUAGCGAGUUCCAGGAAGUGAAAAUGGUGAAAUUCGUCGCGUACAGUGUGGUGUUUCCCGUGAUAAUUGUACUGGGUGUUAUUGGCAAUGUGAUCAAUCUCAUUGUAUUGACACGACCGAGCCUGAAGGGGGUGACGUUUGUUUACCUUUCCUGGCUAGCGAUCUCGGAUUUAGCCGUGCUACUGAUGGGUUCCGUAUCCAUGCUGCGUUUAGCCGGCAUACACGCGAAGGACUAUUCGACGGCGUUUUUUUUCGCCCAUCUGGAGAUGCCUCUGGUCAACGCUUUCAUGGCGUCCAGCGUGUUUCUCGUUGUGGCGGUUACCAUUGACCGCUAUUGGUCCGUGUGCUUACCCACCCGAUAUGCUGAUAUUCACAAUGACCGUCAGGCACGUGUGGCUAUCACAAUGUCGUUUGUGUUUGCUUUCCUGCUUUACAUACCAGUAGCGUUCCAAAAAUACCCCGUUCCGUUCGUGAAGAUGACGACAAACGCUACGAUAAACCGCACCAUAAAUCCAAUUGAGUUUUACGCGUGCGAAUGGAGCGAAGUGUCAACCCAUCCGGCAUUCAAAGUCUACCUCUUUGUUAAAGAGGUGGCUGUACGUGUAGGUCCCGCUAUUGUCGUUGUCAUUCUGAACACGUGCAUUAUAAUUACGUUUCGACGAUUGCAAAAGAAGCGUGCAUCGCUUCUCGGCAGCUCUGCAGAAGGCAAGAGACUGGCAGAGGAACAAAGACUUGUAAUCUUGCUUGUGGCCAUCGUCAUUAUGUUUCUAAUCUGCAUGACGCCUGCAGCAAUUCUCACCGUCAUCAUUUCGGACCACUACGAAAAUCAUUUACCAUUCCAGAUUUUUCGAGCUAUCGCCAACAAUAUGGAAAUGCUAAAUUUUGCCUCGAACUUCUACGUCUAUUGCUUGUGCUCUUCAGAGAUUCGUCGAACAUUUUUCGAGCUUUUCGGCGGGAUUUUUGCACGAAAAGACGAACAAAAUUCAGCGGAUGCUUCUCUGAUCACCAGUAAAAUUACCAAAAUAUCACUUGACGCUACAAGAGUGUAGAACCUAUCGAUAUGCUGAUAGCAGCAGCCAUUUACAGACGGCGUCUUGUAAACAACAACAGCAACACUUGAAAUACAAGAAAAUGCUUGUAUCCUACAAAUACUUAAAUAGAUUAAUGGUUAUAUCUGCAAAUGUAAGGAUUUAUUUACAUCAAUACAAGUAAAUGCUUCAAUUUAGCACAAAUUCCUUAUUCACAAAAUGUUACUGGGCUAGACGUUCAUAGAUUUCCGGUACUUCUAUGGCGGAAAUACAGUUCCACUAUGGCCGAUCCUUGUACAUAGAGUUUGGACUUUACCUGACUAUAUAUAUAUAUGUAUUAGAUAAUACUUGAGGUCGAAACGACGUGGCAUAAUGUUAAGCUGCAGGGGGCUUUGGGAAGUGUAGUUUUAUAAUAUUAUGUAAUGAUAUGUACACUAAGACAAAAUGGGUUCCGAUCAUCAUACUUGAUGAUCGAAGUGAUAUAAUUAAGCUGAUGCGCUUCAUUUGAAAGGGGAUAGAUUUGAGCAGAUCUACUUCAAAUAGAUGUAGUCCAUAAAUAGAGACAUGGUUCAGCGUUAGUAAAAAAGUCACUGCUUAAGCAUAGACUGGUAUAAUAUGGACCAUUUAUGAGCAUAAGCAGAUAAAUUCCCAAUGUCGACAAUCAGUGGAUAGACACUGAAUUGAAAAAAGUGUUGGUAAACGUGUACAAGAGACGUACAAGAGAUCAACGGCAAUAAGCCUCACUUCAGUUUCCGCGCACGGACCGUGUAAAUGCAAAGUCAAAAUCUCCCUCAUCAUCAAGUGAUCAAAAAAAUCAAGUGGCAUUAUUUGUUAAUAUUUCUUUACAAAAACGUAACUCUAAAAAUAUGCCUAGUCGCCAAGGGUUUGGAUCGCGCAUUAGUUUAAGCUACACAAGGUUAGCACCUUUUCAUACCUUUUUGAGGCCUUUUGUUAGUUCUUCAGAAUGCUGUUCAAUUAAAAUCAGUUAUCGUGAAAAUAAUAACAAGCACGAUCUGACCAACAGGGCUUAAAUAACAGGAACAGUUUUUCUAUUACCAAUUCGAUAAGAAGCAUUCACUUCGGUUAAAGCAAGUCAGGAUUUUCAGGACAGAUCUGCGCGUAGGGGGGUCGAUCGCACAAAUGCAAAAAGAAUAACGUUCUGCUGCAUCUAAUACCGCGAGACCCACAGGCGUCAUAGACAUCUGGUUCGAGUUUUGUUUAUUUGGAAACCGAAAAACACGCUGGUUAAUCCAUCGAAUUUUAAUUAAUGUUUCUGUAAAAAAAGGGCUAGAAGAACGAAGCCAUCAACGAUGAUAAACAUGUAACCUUAGUCGAUGUUAGUACUUUUAAGAACGUUUUAUGUAUGUAGCAUCUCUUUAGUGCUUCAAUUAUACUGUCUUAUUAUUAGAAUACGCCAAAAGGUUUGUCCAUAAUCAGAACAUCGGUAAGCAUUAAAUUUAAAUAAACCAAUAUUGUUUCACGGCUUCCUUUCCUGAAAACGGUCGCAUGGCCUGUUUGACCAGUAGGCCUCUUGUGGGAAACUCGACUUUUCUCUUACGUGAGACUUUCGUACGUGAAUAACAUAUUUUAUCUGGUUUUCAUCCACUAUUUUUAUUAAUGCCGUAAUCCCAAAGAAACAUUUCACUUAGCUAUUACCAUAUAGGCCAUUAUAAAAACCUUUAGCUCUUCUUAAAUGCAUUCUUUAUCAUAUGACAAACUCGGUGAUGCUCAUGGACGUACUUAUUAGACCGGUUGCUCAGUGCGCAAUAUACAAUGUGUUACGCGAUUUAAGAAUUUUUCAAAACAUUAUAAAACUAUAUAAAAUCAGUGGUUCUGUCUCAAAGCCAAUAAGAAGCACAAUUCUUCACCCGACGAUAACUUCCCGUUUAUGAGAGUAAACAUUGCCAAUGUCUUAUUUCGGAAACGCUACGUAUCCCACAACAAAAGGGUGUAGUCGAAACCAAAAAUAGUGAUAAUAAAAAUUGCCCGCCGACGACGAUGCAAAGUUUAAACCGCAACAGAAGCAUUUUGUAUCCAUCCGUAUUGUUCAGUAUUUUUGUUGCCGUCGAUGAUGCUUUUUUGGCAAAAAAACAAGGACAAGCAAGAUGAAAUGGAACUAUAAAAAAAUCAUCAGGCCUCAUAAUUUUUGCUGAACUGCCCCAUCCGCUCUACCAACUGAGCAUACGCUGUGCUGAUUUCGUCAUGAUGACCACCAAUUUUACUGACUCUGAGAUGGUUGACCAUAAUCAGUACGAUGCCGAUGUCGUUUGUUCUUUUUCUUUUCUUUAGCCGUAGGGAAAAAGGGAACUGAGAGCGGAUUGCAGAUCAUUGUUAUCAAGUUCCACCACGGAUUUUCAGUAGACAGCGAGGACGACACACGGUGACAUCGCUUUGCCGAUUUACUUCACUCCAUCCCUCUGCUGCCAGCCCUUCCCGGGUGCAGCCGUUACCAGUGAGAAGCAAGAGCAAAACCAGUAGCCAUUUGGCAUUUUUUAUGGCUUUACUGUCUCUUUAUAUGAGAAAGGAGCCCUGCAAAUCGAGGAUAGUUAGCUGUCGGUUGUUUCCGCUGAGGCUGAGGAUUUUACUGCGCUCUCGCAGGCGGGGAGAAAGCUGUAAACUAGGCGUAACAAAUCAACAACAGGUAGCACACGUUGUGGCCAACCAAAAAAGCAUAUGAUGCACUCGGUCACUCACUAAAUUUCUCAUAUACAUAAACAUACACUAUCUCAGACAGAUUGAAGGUAUUGGCGGGCGAGCUUCCUUCCACCUGUUUAGCAUCUAAAUUGCCUCCUGUUUUGUCCCUUACCGCCUGUGCGAUAGCCUAAUCGAACAGAGCAGCACGGCCGGACAGCUGUAUCUCGUGGACUCAGCAAGUCUCAACGGUAACGGCAAUUUUUUAGAGGAGGAGGUCGUAAAGAAGAGAGAGCUACAGGGAUACAAGGACGUACGCCCGCGAUAUCCUAACGGUUUUUUACCGGCCGGGAAAAAUACUUUUUUUAGAAGCUAUUAGAGUGUAUCGUUAGUGGCCAGUAGA